AUGCGUCUGAGUAUACUUGGGGCCACCUUGGCGGUGCUGAGCCGAGUGGUGACAGCAGCGCCGCUUGGAGAACGCACACUGGUUGUUGUGGACAGCACAGGCGAUAUUGCUGAAGUUGGCGAGUCCAUCUCAGAGUCGUUUAAAAGCCGUGGUCAUGAAGUUACUGUUUCUCAAUUGAAGUCGGCACCCCCGCUUCACAGCUUUGGCGAGCGUGCCUUUGACAAUGUCUUGAUUGUUCCGGGCAAAACCAAGGGUCUUGGUCAUAACUUUGGUGCUAAGCAGAUCCUAGACUUUUUCAAUGAGGGUGGUAACAUUGUAGCUCUCACAUCUGGUGACUUUUCACCGGCCGCGCUGCGAGACGCUGCCGCCCAAUUCGGCAUCAGUCUUGGCCCCAAAGGAACUGUGUUUGUAGAUCACUUUGGAUCCGGCAAAAUCGGUGUUGAUGAGUCUUCAUUCAGAGACUCUAUUCUCACCUUUACCGGGCCCGUUUCUGUGAACAAUUCUGGUGCUGGUCUUUUGACCGGUACGUCAAAAUACGCGUUCCCAUUUGUUCGUGCUCCCGUAACUGCAUACGCUUACAACAGGCUGCUUGACGAUGGUGAAGACAGCGGCCAGAUUGCGCCGUUUGUUGCAGGGUCUCGAGGUGUCCUGGCCGCAGGCAGCCAGGGCCGCAAUGGUGCACGGUUCGCAUGGAUCGGCUCUUCUGAUUUGGCGACUUCUAGCUAUGGUGACGAGAUUUUGCAAUGGGCAUUCCAAGAGCGCGGCGUCCUGAGAAUUCGUGAUGUUAAACAUGAGCUGGCCGAAACUGGCGAGAGCUCGUUGUUGUACCGUAUCAACGACAAACUCAAGUUCUGUGCCCAAAUCGAAGAAUGGGACAGCGAGAAAUCAGAGUGGGCUCCUCGUCAAGGUGCCACAGACAUCCAAUUAGAGUUCAAGAUGCUCGACCCCUACUACAGACUGACCCUGAAGGAGCAGUCACCUGGUCAAUACUGCACAGAGUUCCAGGCACCUGACCAGUACGGCAUGUUUACAUUCCUUAUUGACUACCAGAGACUCGGCAAGACGUUUUUGCACUCUGCCAACGUGGUUACUCUACGACCUAAUGCUAACGACGAGUGGGCACGUUCCUGGACUAUCACAAACUCUUGGGUGUACCUGUCUGGUCUGACGACCAUCGUGUUUGCGUUCUUGAUUUUUGUUCCUAUGUAUCUUGCCCUUCCUCCUAUAACCAAACCUGUCGGCAAGGCAGAAAAGUAA